UUUCAAGAUCCGUCAGAGAAGGCAAGCACAGUCGUCUUUCUCGUACUCCGUCGGAAGCCCUUAAAAGCUCCACUCUCUCUCUCUCUCUCUCUCUCUCUCUCAAAAAAAAAAAAAAAAAGCACAGCGAUCGCUUCUUUUGAAGGUACAGAAAGAAUGGAUGUAAAACCAACUGUAGCAUUGAGGGCUAUCCUUGUAGGUGGGAUAGCUGCAUUUGCAAAGGUGGCUAGUGUGAUGAAAGCUGCAGGUGGAGCAAAGUUGGGUGUGGCAGCAGCUGCCAUGACCGCUGCAGCAACUGCAGCAGUUUCAGGAACCAAACCGGACUCGAACGAUGCUUCUAAAUAGGCUUGAAGGUGAGUUUUUGAAUUGCAGUUGUCUUGGGUGAGAAGAUGUUGACUGUGGUUUUUCUCCAUAAACCUUGUCAGUGCCCACCAAGUGAAGUUGAGGAUGUAUAAUAGGCUGCCCGCAAUCCCAUUCGCCCAUUUUCCCCCUAAGUUCGGAAACAAUUUGAUAUGGAAACAACUGCAUAGAAAAUAACAGAUCAUUGGCUGUUAGAAAAUGGAAAGGUUUCUCAGUACUCUACAUUUACAUUGAA